AUGAAGCUUCUCACACUCUGUGCAGUGGCAUCGCUGGCUACGCAGGCAGUUGGUGCGGCCAUUAAGCACAAGCUUAAUGGCUUUACUAUUACGGAGCAUCCAGAUCCGGUGAAGCGGGAUUUGUUGCAGAAAUAUGUGACUUGGGAUGAUAAGUCCCUCUCUAUUAAUGGAGAGAGGAUCAUGAUUUUCAGUGGUGAAUUCCAUCCGUACAGACUUCCGGUCCCGUCUCUGUGGCUCGAUGUCCUCCAAAAGGUCAAAGCGCUGGGAUUCAACUGCAUCUCAUUCUACACGGACUGGGCUCUGCUUGAAGGAAAGCCUGGUGAUUACCGGGCCGAGGGAAUCUUCGCUCUGGAGCCCUUCUUCGAAGCAGCAAAGGAGGCUGGUAUUUACCUGCUUGCUCGUCCCGGUCCCUAUGUCAACGCCGAGAGCUCUGGUGGUGGUUUCCCCGGUUGGUUGCAAAGGGUCAACGGCACCCUUCGCACGGCGGAUAGGGGGUUUUUGGAUGCGACUGACAACUACAUCGCCACAAUCGGUGCUUCCAUUGCCAAAGCGCAAAUCACGAAUGGUGGACCAGUCAUCCUCUACCAACCAGAAAACGAAUACACAAAUGGCUGCUGCGGUGAAGAGUUCCCUGAUCCCGAUUACUUCCAAUAUGUGAUUGACCAGGCCCGUGACGCUGGAAUUGUUGUGCCUAUGAUCAGCAAUGACGCCUCGCCCGACGGACAUAAUGCACCAAGCACGGGUAAAGGAGCGGCUGAUAUCUACGGUCAUGACAGUUAUCCGCUUGGAUUCGAUUGCGCAAACCCGUCUGUAUGGCCAGAAGACAACCUGCCAACCAACUUCUGGACUCUGCACGAGGAGCAAAGCCCAACGACUCCGUACUCUCUGGUCGAGUUCCAAGCUGGAGCUUACGAUCCCUGGGGAGGACCGGGAUUUGCUGCGUGCGCAGACCUAGUCAACCACGAGUUUGAGAGAGUGUUCUAUAAGAACAACUUCAGCUUCCGGGUCGCCAUAUCUAACCUCUACAUGAUAUUUGGCGGUACCAACUGGGGUAACCUUGGUCACCCUGGUGGAUAUACAUCCUACGAUUAUGGCUCAGUGCUGAGUGAGACCCGCAACAUUACUCGCGAAAAGUACAGCGAGCUCAAGCUCUUCGGCAACUUUGUUAAGGUCUCCCCGUCAUAUCUACUGGCUGAUCCUGGUAAUCAGACAACGGGCUACACGGACACUUCUAGCUUGACUGUCACUCCUCUGAAAGCAGAUGGGUCGACCUCGUACUACGUGGUCCGACAUACAGACUACAGUAGCCAGGCGUCAACUCCGUAUAAGCUCAGACUUGCGAUUAGCUCUGGAAAUGUGACGGUUCCCCAGCUGGGAGGAGAGUUGUCGCUGAAUGGACGGGACUCCAAGGUUCAUGUUGCUGAUUACGAUGUGUCUGGGACUAACAUCGUGUACUCGACCGCGGAGAUUUUCACUUGGAAGAAAUUCGCAGACAGCAAGGUUCUUGUUCUGUACGGCGGCCCUGGAGAGCACCACGAGCUGGCUAUUGCGUCCAAGUCCGAGGCAUCUGUUAUUGAGGGAUCUCAGUCAGAUAUCAAAUCGAAGCGGAUUGGUAGCAGUGUGGUCAUCUCUUGGGAUGUCUCAUCCACUCGUCGCAUCGUGCAAGUUGACAAUCUGAAGAUCUUCCUCCUUGAUCGGAACACUGCCUACAACUACUGGGUCCCUGAGCUUCCAGCUGAAGGAACCACGCCAGGAUACAGUAACAAGAAGAACACUGCUUCGUCGAUCAUCGUUAAAGCCGGAUACCUCGUGCGAACAGCUUACCUCAAGGACAGUGAUCUCCACCUCACCGCAGACUUCAACACAACAACACCCAUCGAAGUGAUCGGGGCCCCAGAAAAUGCCCAGACCCUCUACAUCAACAACGAAAAGGUUUCGCACAAGGUAGACAAGAACGGAAUCUGGACCUCAGAGGUCGAGUUCACGGCUCCGAAGAUUGACCUUCCCAGCCUGGAGGACCUCGAGUGGAAGUAUCUGGACACACUUCCAGAGAUCCAGUCUUCGUACGAUGACUCUGCAUGGUCAAAGGCAGACAAGCCUACUACGGAUAAUGACCAUCGUCCCCUGGACACGCCAACAUCGCUUUACUCUUCCGACUAUGGUUUCCACACGGGCUACCUGGUUUACCGGGGUUCGUUUAUCGCGCAGGGAAAUGAGUCUACCUUUUUCAUCCACACGCAGGGCGGACAAGCCUUUGGAAGCUCCGUGUGGCUUAACCAAACACUCUUGGGAUCAUGGACAGGAUUGAACCAAGACUCAGACAAUAACUCGACCUACAAACUGCCUAGUCUCCAGCAAGGCAAGAACUACGUGUUCACCGUUGUUGUCGACAACAUGGGACUCGACGAGAACCUCGACGUUGGUGCUGAUGUCAUGAAGAACCCUCGUGGAAUCCUGAACUAUAGCGUAUCUGGAAGAAGCCUGGACGCAAUCAAAUGGAAGCUAACCGGCAACCUGGGUGGUGAGGAUUACCAGGACAAGGUGCGAGGACCUCUCAACGAGGGUGGUAUAUACGCAGAGCGAUACGGCUUCCACCAACCGGAGCCCCCAAGCGCAGACUGGAAAUCCUCCAGUCCCCUUGAUGGUCUCUCUCAACCUGGAAUCGGCUUCUACAGCACCAACUUCGACCUCUCCAUCCCCAGCGGAUAUGACGUGCCAAUCUACUUCAAUUUCGGCAACACCACAGACCCAGCGCCAUUUAGAGCACAGCUCUACGUAAACGGCUACCAGUACGGUAAAUACAUCAGCAACAUCGGUCCGCAGACUAGCUUCCCGGUUCCAGAGGGUAUUCUGAAUCACCGUGGAACGAACUGGGUCGCGGUAAGUCUUUGGGCGCUGGGAGAGGAAGGGGCGAAAUUGAGUAGUUUUGAGUUUUCGCAUGAGAGACCGGUGAGGACGGGAUUGAAGGAGGUGGAAGCGGCUGAGCAGCCGAAGUACGAGGCGAGGGAAGGGGUGUACUGAUGAUGUUCCGGUGUAGUAUGGGAUGUAUAUAGCAAUAGCUUGGUGGCUUUUGAGAAAAUGAGCAUUUAUGAACAUGACAUAUUUUCCG